UACGUAGCGAGGAGACAUUCAGGUUUCCAGAAGUCAGGUCAUCGCAGGCCCCACCCAGCAGUGGAGAGAGUGAGUCCCAGAGGGGGUUGCCGGCGGGUUCCUCCUCCUUCCCCUUCCCGCUGUCCCCGAGUCUAGGGCUCCCAGAGGCGUAUGACGCCAGCGCCCUCUGACCGCACCUCUGACCACAACAAAUCCCUACUCCACCCGUCUUCUUUGUCCCACCCUUGGUGACACAGAGCCCCAGCCCAGGCCCCGCCCAAAGCACUCAUUUAACGUUAUUGCCGAGCCGCGAGGCGCUGCUUCUGCUCUCUGCAACUAGCUCAGGCAGCUGGGCGUAGCUGCGACCCGGCGGAGUCCCGGCGGCGCGUACUUACUCUGACCUCGCGCGCCAUGACUGUCGCGCGCCCGAGCGUGCCCGCGGCGCUGCCCCUCCCCGGGGAGCUGCCCCGGCUGCUGCUGCUGCUGCUGUGCCUGCCGGCCGUGUGGGCUGACUGUGGCCCUCCCCCAGCGGUACCUAAUGCCCAGCCAUCUUUGGAAGGCCGUACAAGUUUUCCCGAGGACACCAUAGUAACGUACAAAUGUGAUGAAAGCUUUAUGAAAAUUCCUGGCAAGCCGGACUCAGUGAUCUGCCUUCAGAGCAGUCAGUGGUCAGAUAUUGAAGAGUUCUGCAAUCGUAGCUGCGAUGCGCCAACCAGGCUAAAUUUUGCAUCCCUCAAACAGCUUUAUAUCACUCAGAAUUAUUUUCCAGUCGGUACUGUUGUGGAAUAUGAGUGUCGUCCAGGUUACAGAAGAGACCCUUCUCUAUUAGCAAAACUAACUUGCCUUCAGAAUUUAAAAUGGUCCACAGCAGCUGAAUUUUGUAAAAAGAAAUCAUGCCCUAAUCCUGGAGAAAUACCAAAUGGUCAGAUCGAUGCACCAAAUGGCAUAUUUUUUGGUGCAACCAUCUCCUUCUCAUGUGACACAGGGUACAAAUUAUUUGGCCCGACUACUAGUUUAUGUCUUACUUCAGGCAGUGGAAUCCAGUGGAGUGACCCGUUGCCAGAGUGCAGAGAAAUUUAUUGUCCAGCACCACCACAAAUUGACAAUGGAAUAAUUCAAGGGGAACGUGAACAUUAUGGAUAUAGACAGUCUAUAACGUAUUUAUGUAAUAGAGGAUUCACCAUGAUUGGAGAGCACUCUAUUUAUUGUACUGUGAAUGAUGAUGAAGGAGAGUGGAGUGGCCCACCACCUGAAUGUAGAGCAAACUCUCUAGCUUCCAAGGCCCCACCAACAGUUCAGAAACCUACCACAGUAAAUGUUCGAACUACAGAAGUCUCACCAACUUCUCAGAAAACCACAACACAAACCACCACACCAAAUGCUCAAGCAACACGGAGUACACCUGCUUCCAGGACAACCAAGCAUUUUCGUGAAACAACCCCAGAUAAAGGAAGUGGAACCAGUUCAGGUACUACCCAUCUUCUAUCUGGAUUUCUUGCUGGUACUAUAUUAACUGGUACCCUAAUUCUAGUCAUUGGAGUAUGGAAAAUCAGGGGUACACGUAUUUCACGUUGACAGGUUUGCUUGGGACGCUAGUAACCAUGGGCUGGCUGACUUAGCCAAAGAAGAGUUAAGAAGAAAAUACACACAAGUAUACAGACUGUUUCUAGUUUCUUAGACUUAUCUGCAUAUUGGAUACAAUAAAUGCAAUUGUGCUUUUCAUUUAGGAUGCUUUCAUUGUCUUUAAGGUGUGUUAGGAAUGUCAACAAAGGACAAAAAAGGCAGUCCAAGAAUCACAUUCUCAGCACACCUCUACCUCUUGAAAAUAGAACAACUUGCAGAAUUGAGAGUGAUUCCUUUCCUAAAAGUGUAAGAAAGCAUAGAGAUUUGUUCAUAUUUAGAAUGGGAACACGAGGAAAAGAGAAGAAAAGGGAUUUUUUUUUCCCACAAGAUCUGUAAUGUUAUUUCUACUUAUAAAAGAAAUAAAAAAUGAAAAACAUUUGGAUAUCAAAAGCAAAUGAAAACCCAAUUCAGUCUCUUUUAAGCAAAAUUGCUGAAGAGAGAUGAACCACAUUAUAAAGUAAUGUUUGACUGUAAGGCAUUUUCAUUUUUCCUUCAGGUUGGCAAAAUAUUUUAAAGGUAAAACAUGCUAGUGAGCCAGGGGUGUUGAUGGUGACAAGGGAGGAAUAUAGAAUGAAAGACUGAGUCUUCCUUUGUUGCACAAAUACAGUUUGGAAAAAGCCUGUGAAAGAUGUCUUCUUUGACUUAAUGUCUUUAAAAGUAUCCAGAGAUACUACAGUAUUCACAUAAGAAAAGAUUAUGUGUUAUUUCUGAAGUGAGAUGUCCAUAGUCAAAUUUGUAUAUCUUAUUCUUUUGUAAUAUUUAUUUAUAUUUAUUUAUGACAGUGAACAUACUGAUUUUACAUGUAAAACAAGAAAAGCUGAAGAUAUGUGAAGAAAAAUUUAUUUUCCCUAAAUAGAAAUAAAUGAGUGAUCCCAUUUUUUGGUA